AUGGCUUCACAGGCCAGUGCAGCCCCGGACGACGGGGGUCGCAGGAAGCCCCGCCUGGCGGCGUCGUUGCAGAUGAGCCCCGGGCGCAACCCCUGGAGGCCCUCGGCCAACCUGGGCCAAGGCCCCUGGGAGCCCGUGCCCACCCGCAGCGGGGAGGACAAGGACGAUGACCGGGGCGGGCAGCCCCAGGCCUCGGUGGCGGCGGCAGGGCAUGGUGGGCCCGGGGUGGGGACCGGAGUCGGGGAACCGGGGGCAGCCCGGGCGGGGAGACUCGGGGAGGGGGGGAUGGGGAGGUCCCCGAGGGCCUCUGUCCCGUCCGCAGGGCCCGCGGGGGACUUCCUGACGGAGGCCAGACAGCUGGGCCUGCAGCUGAAAGACCCGCCGCCGGGCCAGGCCGUGGCCUUGCUCACUCAGUACGCGGCCAGUCUGGGCGUCUCCCUGAUCUUCCGAGAGGACCAGACAGCAGACCCCUGCUCGCCCUUCUCUGUGUCCGUGGAGCUGGAUGGGGUGGUCUGCCCUGCGGGCACCGCCAACCACAAGCCGGAGGCCAAGCAGCAGGCGGCGCUGUCCGCCCUCCACUACGUCUGGAGUCAGCUGGAGAGUCCAGAGCCCCCAAAGACACCCAGCCAGCCUCCACUCGCCCCCCUGCACGUAGAGAACAUCCUGACACACGAGCAGCGCUGCGCGGCCGUGGUCAGCGCCGGCUUGGACCGCCUGGUGGAGGCGAGCUCGCCGUACCAGGCCUGCAAGGGGACUGUGGCCGCGGUCAUCCUGGAGAGAGAGGUGCCCGGGGCCCAGGGCCACGCCAAGGAGAUCUACCAGCUGGUGGCGCUGGGCACCGGUGGCAGCAGCUGUGCCAGGUGGCUGGACUUCUCGGGCCGGCAGCUCCACGACUGCCACGGUCUGGUGGUGGCGCGCCGGGCCCUGCGCAGGUUCCUGUACCGGCAGCUCCUGCUGGCCACGCAGGGGGGCCCCGAGGGCAAGGAGCAGUCCGUGCUGGCCCCCCAGCCGGGGCCCGGGCCCCCCUUCGCCCUGAAGCCCCGGAUCUUCCUGCACCUCUAUGUCAGCAACACCCCCAAGGGAGCUGCCCACGACAUCUACCUCCCGCCGUCGUCGGAGGGCAGCCUCCCGCACAGCCCCCCGCUGCGCCUGCAGGCCCACAUCCGGGGGGCGCUGAAGCCCGUGUGCCACAUCGCCCCCGUUCUCCUCAACACCCACGUGGGCUGCCUCUCGGCCAGCGACAAGCUGGCACGCUGGGCCGUGCUGGGGUUGGGUGGCGCCCUGCUGGCCCACUUCCUGCCCCCCCUCCACGCCACCAGCCUGGUCCUGGCCGACCCCUGCCACAACCCCCUGACGCUGAGCGAGGCCAUCCACUCCCGGCCCAGCCUUGACAGUGUCUUGGGGCCGUGCCUGCCACCCCCCUAUGCCCGCACCACACUGCACCUGUUUGCAGGGCCCUCGGUGGCCCCCCCCAACCUCCCCCCCAACCUCUGCCAUGGCCUGAGCCUCAACUGGAGCCUGGGGGACCCCGAUGUCGAGGUGGUGGACGUGGCCACCGGGCGUGUGAAGGCCACCGCUGCCCUCGGGCCUCCCUCCCGCCUCUGCAAGGCUGCCUUUCUCGCGGCCUUCCGCCAGGCUGCCCGCGCUCUGGGGACGUCCCACCUCCUGGCCUUGAAGACCUAUGAGGCAGCCAAGGCUGGACCCUACCAGGAGGCUCGCCGGCAGCUGUCUCUCCUCCUGGACCAGCAGGGCCUGGGGGCCUGGCCCUCGAAACCAUUGGUGGGCAAAUUCACAAACUGA